AUGUUCUUUUUGCACUGUGAGAUCCUUAACUUCGAAUCCCAGGGAAGCGAUAAUCCAAGGGUGGUGCAGCUGACAACGUCAUUCAAUGCCGAUCAGAAACACAAUCUCGCGUCGACGUGUACUUACGCCAACUCGUCAGUUCCGCAUGCUUUGUCAAGAAACACUUCUAGAAAGAGCAAAACAAACCGCAGUAAGGUAUGCGGGCUGGCGACGCCGAGUAGCUCAGCUUCCGUUCCUUCGCCAGGGACCACGGAUUUGGAAUUAACCAAGUCCGGGACUGGCUUUAAAGAUUCUACUCAUUGGACCUUCGUUUUGGAAGGUGCAUUAGAUAUUAAUGGCCAUGAUAUUUCAACAUAUGCGAUUCAAUCGGAGGCUGCAUUUGAGCGGGAUUCGCCUGCUGCCAUCCGAAAUGUGCUUCUCUUUGAGGGAUGUGAUCAUGCCACUGACCAAGAAAUUCUCGAUUCGAUGCCUUCCAAGGUGGAAUGCGACCGUUUAGUCGCACUCUACUUCCGAACUCAGGAAUAUAGAUCUGUGAUACACCCGACUGAGUUUUUGAAAAGGUAUAAUGCAUUUUGGGAGAACCCUAGCGCUGCGACUGUCUCUUGGCUCGGCCUUUUGUACAGUAUAUUCUGCUUCUCUAUUCAUGAUGGCGGCCCCUCAGCACUCCAGGAUACCUCUUCAUAUGUUUCGUCGCCUGCAACCUCGAAUAAGAUUUUGAAUUACCGAGAAAAGAUUGUACAAUGUCUGGUUCGAGGUCAGUUUGCUAAGGGGGGUCCCGACAUCAUGGAAACUUUGGUUCACUACUUGUUGAUUGAGAGCCACGCGAACAAAGAGUCCAACAUCGAGGUAUGGCUCUUGAUGGGUAACAUUGUCCAAAUAGCUAUUAGAAUGGGCUACCAUCGAGACCCGGGCAACUUCAAGUCCCUAUCCCCCUACGAAGGCGAGAUGAGGCGCCGCAUGUGGGCUAUUAUAUACUCGCUUGACGUAGGAUUCGCAAUGCAGAUGGGUCUUCCGAGCAGCAUUAAGACCUCCAUCAGUGACACACUACCGCCCCGGAACCUUCAGGAUCGGGACUUUGAUGCCAGGUCAAUUGACCUUCCACCAGCAAGACCCAUGGACGAGCUUACCUCAAGCACCGUGAUUCUCUCGAAACUUCAUGUGGCUACCAGCUUAGGCGUCAUAUCAGAUAUGAUUUGUAGUCCGAAUCCGCUAUCACAUGAGGACCUCAAUGCGGCCAAUUCGAUGCUGGACUUGAUGUAUGCCACCAUUCCCGAGCCUUGCAAGUUGCGACCCGUCUUUGAAUCCCUGUUGGAUCCUCCAAGUGUCGUGUUCCAGCGUAUGAACGUUCAUAUGCAUUAUCAAAGAUCCCGGAUCUUGAUUAAUUGGAAAUUCCUCAAAAGCUCGAGGGAUACCACUCAGACCGAAAAAUCCUGGAGUAUCGUGAUCGAUGCAUCCUCAGAGAUCAUGCGACUACAGCACCGCAUGGCAGAAGAAUCUCAAGUCUUGGACGCAUUUUGCCCUCCUGGUAUGGUUGACUCCUGCUUCAUGAAUAACGGGUACUUCUUAGCCGCAAGUAUCAUAUGCUUUUUGGUUCGGCAUCGCCAGAAUAUGCUCCCACAGGAGUAUCUUUCCAAAGUGCGGACACUUCUUGAGAAGAGCUUGGCUAUCUGGAGCCGCAAACUCGACUUGUCGGGAGAAGAAAAAAAGGUGGUCACGGCUCUGAGGCUUGUACUCAAAAGGGCCGAAGGGGCCGAUGGCUACAAUACAAUAGAAUUGAUGGCGACGCCUCAAGCAGUCGGAGGUGAGAAUCAAUAA